GGCGCCACCCGGCUUCGAACCUCUCUCUCUCCUGCUGCAAAUCUGGUUGAACUCGUUAACAAGAAGUUCAGGAGUUCCUCGAAACAUCGGCGGGGUCCUUCUUUGAGUAUAACGGUGGAAGAUCUUCGUCUUCUUGCCGAUAUCCGACGCCCUGUGGCUAGUUUUUCUCUUUUUAUUUUUCAUCUUGUUUCUGAUUUAUGUGUUUCUUCUUGUAGAUAAUCGCAUUUACGGUUUCCGUGGUCGAUAGGGAACUGCUUUUUCCAUUUCUAGGAAAAAUUGAAGUUACUUUCCUUUUCCCGUUAUUUUCUAUUUUGAUCGUCUGUGGAGCUAGAGUUUCGCUUAACAGAGGAGACCUAGUGUUUUCUCAUUACGUGCAGCUUCAUAACAAUUUCAACAGGAUUUGGAGGUUUUCUUCUCUCUCUGUGAACGGAUAUUCGUGUUUAUUUCUUUUGCUUGCUUUCUUUCUUAUUUUUAUUCGUGAAUUUAGAAGGAACGAUGAUUUUUGGCUUUUUGUAGCGCGUGUUUCGGUUGUUUUUAUCGUGUUCCUCCGUUUUGGAGAAGGAUUUCAAAAUGGAGAAUUGUCUAUUUUAGUUCCCUUUGCUCCUUGCAGGUAUCCUGGUGCAGGAACCUGUGCUUUCUAACAGCGUCCUCUGAUUUUUUAUUUAACGAUCGAUUGAAGGAAUUUCGUGUAAUCUUUCUUCAACUUUGUUUUCCCGCGAAUUUUCUUCUCUGCUCCCUUCCAGCCCCGAGACGUUCAUUUCCAUCGAAUUGUGUCUGUUUUCUUUCCGAAGGCCUCCGUUCCUCGAAAGUAAGAAUCCGGAGUCCCUAAUCUAAGAUCUUCUGCUUCUUCUUUACUUCUCUCUCCGCUUCACUGUUCCAUUUUCUGGAGUUCUCUGCAAUUAGCCGGCCUCCCUUGAAGUUCUCAUUUCGGAGACCAUUCGAUUCAAAGGGGGAAUUGGAAAGGAUUUUUCCUUUGGAAUUGCCUGUGACCGAGAGGCGGUAGUAGGAGACGGGAAAGGGCAAGGAAGCUAUGGCGGGAAAUGAGUGGAUUAAUGGAUACUUGGAGGCGAUUUUAGACGCUGGUGGGGCCAAAUUGGAGGAAGGUAAAGAAAGGCGGAGCGUGGAGAUGGUGGGGGGAGGGGUCUUUAACCUCACCAAGUACUUCGUGGAGGAAGUCGUUACGGGGUUCGAUGAGUCCGACCUCUACAGGACGUGGAUAAAGGUGAUAGCGACAAGGAACUCGCGUGAGCGCAAUAACCGGCUUGAGAACAUGUGCUGGCGAAUAUGGCAUCUUGCAAGGAAAAAGAAGCAGAUUGAAUGGGAUGAUUUACGGCGAUUGGCGAAGCGCCGACAGCAGAGAGAGCAAGGGCGAAGAGAUGCUGCGGAGGACCUGUCAGAGGAUUUGUCGGAAGGGGAGAGAGAUGCGUCGGCGCACGGCGACUCGGUGAGGGGUCCGAUAUCUCGAAUUGGAUCCGAUUUGCAGAGUUGGACGGAUGACGACGAAGGCAAAGGGCUUUACAUUGUCCUUAUCAGUUUGCAUGGAUUGGUUCGUGGAGAGAACAUGGAGCUGGGCAGGGAUUCUGACACUGGCGGGCAGGUCAAAUACGUGGUGGAACUGGCGAGGGCGCUAGCAGCGACCAAGGGAGUCUACCGGGUGGACCUCCUGACCCGACAGAUCUCCUCCCCGGACGUCGACUGGAGCUACGGGGAGCCUACGGAGAUGCUCACUCGUCCCACGGACGCCGCCUGGGGUGACGGCGACGGCAGCGGCGCCUACAUCAUCCGCCUUCCCUGCGGGCCUCGCGACAAGUACAUUCCCAAGGAAUCGUUGUGGCCCCACAUUCCGGAGUUCGUGGACGCCGCCCUAGCGCACGUCUCCAACAUGGCGAGGGCGCUCGGCGAGCAGCGACAGCGCGGGGGGUCCGGUCACGUGUGGCCCUACGUGAUUCACGGUCACUACGCAGACGCCGGCGAGGUGGCUGCCUGGCUCUCCGGCGCGCUAAACGUGCCCAUGGUGCUGACGGGUCACUCGCUUGGGAGGAACAAGUUCGAGCAGUUGCUGAAGCAGGGGAGGCUCUCUAAAGACGAUAUCAACAGCACGUACAGGAUAAUGAGAAGGAUCGAGGCAGAGGAGUAUAGCCUAGACUCCGCAGAGAUGGUGGUGACCAGCACGCGCCAGGAGAUCGAGGAGCAGUGGGGGCUUUAUGAUGGGUUCGACGUGAAUCUGGAAAGAAAGCUGAGAGCGAGGGCCAGAAGAGGGGUGAGCUGCCAUGGGCGGUACAUGCCACGGAUGGUGGUAAUACCACCGGGUAUGGAUUUCAGCUAUGUGAACACUCAAGAGUUGCUAGAUGGAGAUGCUGAUAUCGCAGCCUUGAUUGGAUCCGACCGAAAUCAGAGCAAAAGAAAUCUACCGCCUAUAUGGUCUGAGAUUAUGCGUUUCUUCACAAAUCGUCACAAACCAAUGAUCCUCGCACUCUCUCGCCCUGAUCCUAAAAAAAAUGUGACCACAUUGUUGAAAGCAUUUGGAGAGUGCCGUCCAUUGCGAGAGCUUGCAAACAUGACCCUUAUCCUUGGAAACAGAGAUGACAUAGAAGAAAUGUCUGGGACCAGCUCCAGUGUUCUGACGACCGUUUUGAAGCUUAUUGACAAAUACGAUUUGUAUGGGCAAGUGGCAUAUCCCAAGCGUCACAAACAGGCAGAAGUGCCAGAAAUAUACCGACUUGCAGCAAAAACGAAGGGCGUUUUCAUAAAUCCAGCUCUUGUAGAACCCUUUGGUCUCACGCUCAUAGAGGCAGCAGCUUACGGUCUUCCGGUUGUGGCAACCAAAAAUGGUGGACCGGUUGACAUUCUCAAGGCGUUGAACAAUGGGCUCCUGAUCGAUCCCCAUGACCAUAAGGCAAUCGCAGACGCGCUGCUUCGCCUCGUCUCGGACAAGUCCCUGUGGCAGGAUUGUCGCAAGAACGGCCUUCGCUACAUCUCCCGCUUCUCUUGGCCAGAACACUGCCGCAACUACCUCUCCCACGUCGCCCAUUGCCGCGCCCGCCGCCCCUCCGGGCGUGGCCCCGACGCUUCCACCCCAGCCCGCCUGGCCGUCGAGGAGGAGGAGGAGCCCAUGAGCGACUCCCUCCGUGACGUUCAGGACCUCUCCAUUCGCUUUUCCCUCGAUGUCGAUGUCGCCAAAGCCAACGGUGACGACAACACUACCUCCAAGCGGGAGCUAAUCCUCUCCGCUCUCCGCUCAGCGUCGAAGGCGCGUUCCCGCGAACCUUCCCAAACCCCCGGCUUCUUCCGGCCAGGACGCCGUCAACGCCUAUUCAUCAUCGCCCUCGACUGCUAUGGCCAGGAUGGGGCACCAAGUGGGAGACUGUCGGAGGUCGUACGAGAGAUAACUGAAGCCGGAGGGGACAGUCGAACCGGAUACAUCCUAGCCACCGGCGCCACACUGGCGGAGGCCUGGGAGGCGCUCAAAUCGUGCCAUGUUGAGCCAGAGGCUUUCGAUGCUUUGAUCUGCUGCAGCGGGGCGGAGGUCUAUUAUCCCUGGAAGGACGUGGAGGGUGAUGAAGAUUACGGGUCUCACAUUGGGUACAGGUGGCCGCAGGAUAGCGUCCGAUCAGCAGUGGCCAGGUUGGCGAGGACGGAGGGUGCGACCGAGGACGACGUGCUGGCGGAGGACGAAGGGUGCAGCUCGAGGUGCCUCCGUUAUGCCGUCAAAGCUGGAGCCAAGGUUUUGAGGGUUGACGAUCUGAAGCAAAAGCUGCGAAUGCGAGGUUUUCGCUGCAACGUGGUUUAUACGCAUUCUUGUUCACGCUUGAACGUGGUUCCAUUGUUCGCAUCAAGAUCAAUGGCACUAAGGUAUCUAUCGGUUCAGUGGGGCAUUGAUCUCUCAAAAAUGGUGGUGUUCGUCGGGGACAAGGGCGAUACUGAUUACGAGCAUCUCCUUCCCGGCCUCCACAAGACAUUGAUUCUGAGAGGAACCGUUGAAUGUGGGAGUGAGAGGCUGCUUCGUGGUAGUGGCCGUUACCAGAUGGAGGAUGUGGUGCCUAAGGAUGCUCCUAAUAUUUGUGCCGUCGAUAAGGAUUAUACAGCCCAAGAUAUCUCUGCUGCAUUGAAGAAGCUCUAAUUCCGGUCAACUGGCGCAUGGCAUCUACUGCAGAGGAUCCUAAAUCAGAUAAUCUCUUGCCUAUAGCGAAAACGGCACAAAAAAUAAAUCAAAUUAAUAGAAAAAGAUAUUAUGUAAUCGAUGCCUGAAAGAACCGUCAAAUAAUUAUAUAUAAUGGGGAAAUUUCCAUUGCCA